GCUGCCUCCAGGUGAGCACUCACCAACUCAGAGUUGUCUCUGCUCUUGGUUGUUGUUUUAUUCUACAUGCUGCUUGUUUAUUUAAACAGUCUAUUUAAUCAGUCUAUGUGUUAGGUUUGUUCAGGCAGCUUAAUUGCUGGAUUUAUUUAGGCAGGGUUCUUGCUGGAUUUAGCUAGGCAGUCUAUGGCUGUGUUUAGCUAGGCAGUCUAUUGCUGGAUUUAUCUAGGCAGUCUAUUGCUGUGUUUAUCUAGGCAGUCUAUUGCUGUGUUUAUCUAGGCAGUCUAUUGCUGUGUUUAUCCAGCAGUCUAUUGCUGUGUUAUUUCCUAUACCACUUCAUGCUAUGUAGCUGCUGUAUCACUUGUUAACAUCUGUUGCUGUAUUUAGGCUAUUUAUCUGACAGAUUCUGUAUACUGCUCAUUGAUUUAUUGUUAUUCUGGGUUACUUUAUACUGUUUUCUCACUCUGCUGUAUGGGGAAUGGGUGCCCCUGCUAUGAUGCUUUGGCUCUGCCUGUAAUCUGUUCCCCCUCCCCGGGUUCCCCUGCUGGGCUCUGUCGCCCAUACCCUUCUCCCUUAUUCCCCACCUGCUCCCCGUGGCCCCUGGCUGCUUGCAGUGCCGCACGAUCACCACGCGGUAGGCCGCGCUCUGUUUUUGCAGCCACGGCAGCCAUUUUGUUGGAGCCGUGGCGGCCAUUUUUCAGAGCCACAUGGGCUCUGUGCGUUGCGAACAGCCAGGUCUCACCCAAGAACUGGCCUGCUGGCCAUGUGGCCACCCUCCUCUCUCCCUAUAUCAAGGAAGAUAGCCCAGUUUUUCAGCUAUCCCUCUACUUACUGUGCCUGUCUCACAUGCUGCAUAUGUAACAGAUCCUGGAUAGCAGAAUCUGUCCCAGGCAUGCUCACAACUGCAGCUUACUAUGUCUGAUGCAAUGUGACUAGGUUCUCUAUCUUAGCAGUAGACUUGUCACACUUUUUUUUACUAUUACAUGUGAAUCUCAGAUUUAAAGGGACAUGUUACUGCUCAAAUAAAAAUCUUUGUUUAACAAGAAUGUGCCACAUGUGUUAUAUGCUAAUCAAGUCUUCCUCUAAGGUUCAGUCUUUUUCUCAUAAAAAUUAAUGGCCUGUUUUUCAGCACCUAGCUCCCCUGCCUAGGAUUUGCUGCCCUUCCUGCAAGGGACUUAAAUUUUCCACUACACAUACACUUCAAAAGUGUAUCCUAAUAUAAUACCUGAGUGGUCUGUGAGUCAGCUUCUCGCUAUAUGGACCCUCCUACCCCUCAGCGGGGCUACUGGCCUCACAUUCAGACCUGUUAUUACUGGGGGGUGAACCCCCCCAUCCAUAUUUCUGGGGCUCUCCCUGCUACUGGACCAUAAUAAUGGACGUGUGACACCAUUGUGGGCUGGGUGACCCCCUCCCUCUGGCAACAUGGCUACCUAUGAGUACCCUGCUAGCUCUACAGCGUCCUGUAAGAUUAAUGCUGAGGGUGACCCCCUCCUGCUUCCUAUACUAAUGCUCCGGCAAUGUCCUGCUAUUAUCAUACCGA